AUGUGCAAAGCAACCACCUACCUGUACAGUUGCGGCGGAGCCUUCCAUACGAUUUCCACUUGCGACAAGAAAUGCUACGCCGGCGACAGCCCUUCCUCUCCCCACGGCCAAUCGCGUCGCUCUCCAAGAGGAAGUAUGGAAGACCACCCCGACCACAACAACACAACUUCACCCCCGACCUCCACGAGCAGCACCGCGACUGAAGCGGCGCCACCGACCAGGACAACGACAUCCACAUCCACAUCCAGCGCCGGUGCCCGUACCCGCACCACCGGCUUCCAUUCUAUCAACAACAACAACAACCAGCACGGCCAUGCCACCACCACCGACUCCCCCACCACCAAAACCUUCACCCCCUUCGCCACGCCCGUCAACCCUCACCCCCGCCCCCUCCACAUCUACACGCUCCCCGACUCCCUCGCCCCCUCCAAGACCGUCUCCCCCACCCACGCCACCCGCGUCCUCCGCGCCGGCCUCCACCACCGCCGUUAUCCGCCCCCACCUCAAGCCGCGCGCCGCGGUCCGUCGGCGCUGCGCAAAUGGUUCGUGUCGAAUGUCUUCACGUCGUGGUUGUUCCGGCGCAGCAAGGGCGGCGGUGGUGGUGCUGCCGGAGGACGCGUGCUGAAGGGGGACGCGGAGGGCGAGGGCGAGGUUCGGGUGGUGUGGCAGGAUGCGGUCGAGGUGCGGCGGCGGGGCGUGGAGAGGGUGGCGGUCGAGGUGCGGGGCGAGUGUCGGGUUUGCGUGGAGAGGGAGGCGAGGGACACGGCGUGGGCGGCGAUGGCGGAGUUUAGGGGCGAGGAUUAG